AGAAUUGCAGAACAGAGGAAGCUUGAAGAACAGAAAGAAGAAGAAGCGAGACGCAGAGAGGAAGAGAAGCAACAGAGGAGACUGGAAGAACAGAGAAGAUUAGAAGAAGAAAAAAGAUUAGAAGAACAGAGAAGAUUGGAAGAACAAAAAAGAUUAGAAGAACAGAGAAGAUUGGAGGAACAGAGAAGAUUAGAAGAACAAAAGAGGAUAGAAGAACAGAAGAGACUGGAAGAACAGAGGAAACUCGAAGAACAGAGGAAAAUGGAGGAAAAACGAAGACUGGAAGAGGAGAGAAAGCGAGAAGCGGAGAAGAGAGCAGAGGAACAAAGAAGAAUCGAAGAACAGCUACGCGAAGAAGAGAAGAGGAAAUUAGAAGAACAAGUGAGACUCGCGGAGGAAGAGAGAAAAAGGGAAGAACAGAGGAAGCAAGAGAAACGCAAAGAGAAGAAGCGAGCGGAGGCC